CAAGUCGCCACCUACGUGCAACUCACAAGGCGCCAGCUACAAGCAUCUCACAAGUCGCCACCUACGUGCAACUCACACGGCGCCAGCUACAAGCAUCUCCCAAGUCGCCACCUACGUGCAACUCACAAGGCGCCAGCUACAAGCAUCUCCCAAGUCGCCACCUACGUGCAACUCACAUGGCGCCAGCUACAAGCAUCUCACAAGUCGCCACCUACGUGCAACUCACACGGCGCCAGCUACAAGCAUCUCCCAAGUCGCCACCUACGUGCAACUCACAAGGCGCCAGCUACAAGCAUCUCCCAAGUCGCCACCUACGUGCAACUCACAAGGCGCCAGCUACAAGCAUCUCCCAAGUCGCCACCUACGUGCAACUCACAAGGCGCCAGCUACAAGCAUCUCCCAAGUCGCCACCUACGUGCAACUCACACGGCGCCAGCUACAAGCAUCUCCCAAGUCGCCACCUACGUGCAACUCACAAGGCGCCAGCUACAAGCAUCUCCCAAGUCGCCACCUACGUGCAACUCACAAGGCGCCAGCUACAAGCAUCUCCCAAGUCGCCCCCUACGUGCAACUCACACGGCGCCAGCUACAAGCAUCUCACAAGUCGCCACCUACGUGCAACUCACAAGGCGCCAUCUACAAGCCUCGAGCACACCAGCUAUAAGCAACUCUACAGGCGUCCAGCCUACAAGCCUCGAGCACACCAGCUACAAGCCUACAGGCUCUACAGCCUACAAGCCUCGAGCACACCAGCUUCAAGCAACUCUACAGGCGUCAAGCCUGCAAGCCCCGAGCACACCCACAGGCCUACGCAGCCGAUAGCGAGGGCCACAAUCUACAAGCCGCUCCCCCGCUUCAAGCCAGCACUGCUACGUACCCUGCAAGCCACUCCACGAUACGGCAGAGGUAUUCACACCUGCAACGAGGAGGCACGCCCCGCUGACCUUGGGACACCCCGCAUGCCCCUCGCUCCACAGCUGGCGGCACCACCGCCGCUGCCGGGAGCAUCGGCCCAAACCUCUUCCGGCAAACAGUCAGCAAGGGUACCCGCGGACAUCUCCCGGUGACUGCAAGCUGUUCCCACUACCGUUUCUUGCAAGGCGUCUUCUCAAGAGGUUACACACCCAAGUCGUCUUGUCUGCCACCGCCGCCCAUCUCUUACUAUAACAAGGACGACGCGGCCAUCAUACGUCUGGCGGCAGUGUACCAGCUCCCAGCCGCGCACCGCGGCCGCUCAUUUUGCUGGGUCAGCAGUUUUUCAACCUCCAUUGCGAGUCCUCCGAUGUCAGCCCAUCCCUCACCUCUCACCGCCGCUGUGGCCGCGGCCGAGGUUUCCUGACGCGCCUACAACGACUGCACGUCACCCAGGGCAUCACAGGCCGUCGCCCUCUCCACUACAUCAGCUGAUUAAUCUUGGCCGCAGAAUUCGUUCACCCCCGGGUUCGUCUGCAUACUUACAACCCACUCAAGGUUCAAGGACACCCUCACCAGCAUCCCCUCGCACCAGCCGCAGUAUUACAGGCUCAAAGUAAGGUCUCUCUCACCUGUAGUUUUUGCAAACAAUCAGGACAUUCUGAACAUUCUUGUUUCGCGAAACGUAGGGAAUCAACACAUUCGAGACGGGGCUCAGAUAGGAGGUCAGGAGGUUACAGGGGCGGGCAUCAUUCAUCACACAGGAACCCUAGGCCAAACCAUCAGCGGAAGGCUGCCUUUUGCCAUAUCCACGGGAAUUGUUUUCAUGAUUCAGACAGUUGUUCUGCUAUACAAAAGGCCAAGGAGGAACAGAAGUACAAGUCCUCAGCGGACAGUAAACCACACUCCUCUUCUCAGAAUAAAAAAACAUGACUUCGUGACAGCCCCGAGGCGUACAUCCAAGUGUCCCUUAAGGAAAAUACUAAUUGGGAGCAACUUGACUCCGUCAUUGCCGCCUUGGGACGGACAAGCAUAAUUGCCCUUCC